AUGAAUACUACUAUUUUAACUUCGAAAGAUUAUGUAGCUGAUAGUACUGAUUUCCCGGUCUGGACUGGAUUUCAUCCUGGAAAAAUAGCAGAAGCAGUAAAUUCAGUACAAAAAUUGGAAAUUGAUAAUGUGUUUAAUUCAUAUUCAGAACUUUGUCUCCAAUAUGAUACGUUAAGAACUUAUUAUGGUGCUAAUCAGAAUCAUUAUAGCGAUUUCAACAAUAAACUUCAAACGCGAAAUAAUAAUAAAUAUAAAUAUUGGAAAAAUAUGAAUUCAAAAAUUACGGUUACACCCGAUCAUAAACAUUCCAUUUUAAUUCCAACAAACAAAGAUCUUUGUCAAAACAAUCAAAAGCCUCAAAAUGACACAGUUGAGCCAAUUGUUGAAGUGGAAUUAUUACAAAAUCCUUUCAUUGUUGAUAAUAAGCAGGAUAAUGUUUAA